AUGAAAUUUCCUCGUAAAAACAAAAAAACGACAUCAAACGACUUUACUGGGAAGACACCCAUAAUGCAGGUGGCCCCAGUAGUGAGAAAAAGCGCCAGGUGCAGCCAGUGCGCAAAACAAAAGCGCAAGUUCGAAGAGCUUGCGGACAAAGUUGACCACCUUGAGGAAGUGGUCAACGAACGAAAGGCAGAGGAAGAAAGGGUAUACAGAUAUGAUACCUGGCCGACGGAGAAGCUCGCUAGUUUUGUAGAGGAUGUUGCUAGACGUCUACAAAACAUGGAUAGCGGAACCGAAAAAUAA